CUCAGAUCUGGACGGGAGACGGUCCGAACUUAGUUCUUCAAUAAAAAAAAAACUUUGUGGGACUUUCAAUACCAAGAUCCCCUUUCCAUUAUUUAAAUGUAUAUGCACAUACAUGUAUGUCACAGAGAUCCAUCGUUGGAUCACAAAACUGAAAGACAAAACUCAGAGAGAGGGAGAGAUGGAGUCCUGAUCAAGCUGGUAGAAGCAAUUAUGUUUUUCUUCUUCUUAGUGAUUGCAAUAGAAGUUCCGGUUUUGAAUGCACAAGUAUGCCUACCUUCCAAAUUCUUCCCAGGCUUCCUUGUCGAUCUCUUCUCUGGUACAGCCAUGAGUUUGGCGAUUACUUGUUUGUCGAGAAGUCUCCUUUCUUCAUUGGUCUGAUGUGGCUUGAGCUUCUAAUCCAGUGGCCACUAUCAAUUCUGAAUCUCUAUAGCAUUUGUCGAAGGAAGUCGUGGUUCAAUACCACAUGCUUAGUCUAUGGCUUAUCUGCUUUCACUACAACGGUUGCUAUUUUAGCAGACAUGAUUAUUUCCUCCAAAUUAACAGAUAAGUUGAUGAUAGUGUACUUCCCUUUUGCGGGUUUCGAUGUUUUAGCCAUUUUGCGCAGCUUGCUACCAUACUUUAGCCAGACUAGGGCUGUCAAUGGAACAUCUAAUUUGGCUAGAAAAAAGAGGGCUUGAGUUGAGAGACAACUCAAAUUAGAGAAAUGUUUCCUAGCUCGAAAUACAUUGGCUCGAAUGGCUCAAAUACCCAAAACGACGUCGUUUUAGGUAUUUUUUUUUUCUUUCUUCUUUCUGCCUCCCGUUUCUCUCUCAGUCGUCUUCUUCAGACCCAGAUCUCAGUUUUUGGAGAAACCCAAAUCCAUUGCUAUGGUGCUUUGUGGUAUCAGAGUUUGGAACAACCUGAGAAAGAAGAGACUCCAUUGUCUAGACCACCAAGGUCUCCAAACCCACAGCCCCAAAAUCCAUCAUGUAACUUCCACCAAUCUGCAGAGAUUUACAAAGCAAGAGUUCAUGAGAGAGAGAGAGAGAGAGAGAGAGAGAGUUAUGCCAUGAGAGGGAAGAGCUUGGUUUUGAUUUUGAUUUUGUUUUGAUUUGAGGUAUGUUGUUGUGAUUAAGAGGUUUGUUCAUAUGCCUGAUUUAAACAUGGGUUUUUAUGCUACUCAUCUCAUUUCUGUGA